AUGGAGGAUAUUUCAUGUCAUUCUAAUCGUUUAAAAAUACCCAUUGUUAUUUCAUCAAUAUCAAUGAAUCGUGUCAAAAUCGCUGGUGAAUUCGACGAGAGAGUAGCGCAUGUCAAAUGUGAAAAGAACGAUGAGUAUCUCCGUCAUGACAAUGAGCGAAUAUCAACAACAAUGGCAUUAGGAAUCAAUUCAGCGAAUAAUAAUACGUUUGGGAGUAAUAAUGAACUGUUAGAUUGUGUCGUGUGUGGCGAUCGCGCAACAGGUAAACAUUACGGAGCGAUAUCAUGUGAUGGUUGUAAAGGAUUUUUUCGACGAAGCGUGAGAAAAAACUCGACAUAUGAGUGUCGACAUCAAAACAACUGUACUAUAGAUAAAGACAAACGAAAUCAAUGUCGACACUGUCGAUGGAAGAAAUGUAUUCGAAUGGGGAUGAAGAAAGAUGCUGUACAAAAAGAACGAGACCGUCUUGGACGACCACGAUCACAUAAUUAUACCCCACGGCCUGGUACAAUAAAAAGCUUAGCACCUUUCGACGGUGACUGUGAAGACGAUGAUGAUGAUUUUAGUAUUAUGGCACUUCUACGAGCAGAACAAACAGCAAAAGAAUACAUCGGACGUCAAAUUCAACUAGAUCGACAUCCGUCGAAUACCGAACGUGUUCAGGCAACUCUGGAGACAAUUGCCAUAUCAAUGAACUAUCAACUUCGCAGUUUAAUUGAGUGGGCAAAAGAUCUCAAAGGUUUUACCGAUUUGUCCGAUAACGAUAAAAUCGCUCUUUUGCGUGGUCAUACAGGCGAAAAUGUCCUCUUAGGUGUUGCAUGUCGUUCACUAAACUGUGAUGAUUAUUUACUUCUUGGCAAUCAUUACGUUAUUCCUCGUUUAACAUCCGAUGCUGGCUUAACACGCGCUGCCGGAAGAAUUCUCGAUGAAAUUGUCAAACCAUUGAAAGACAUACAAUUAGAUGAAAAUGAAUAUGCUUGUUUGAAAGCAAUCGUCUUCUUUGAUAACGAUAAUAAAUCGUUAGCAGAUCCGAUGCGUGUCAAAGAAUUACGCAAACGUAUUCAAGUUAAUCUUGAAACAUAUAUAAAUCAACAAAAACCUCUCAUGCGUGGACGAUUUGGUGAAUUGUUAUUGUUACUUCCGCCUUUACAAAACAUUGCGCGUCUCAUGGUGGAUCUCGUUGCUCGUUACAAUCAAGAUACGCAAUUAGUCGAUGAUCUUAUCAAUGAAAUGCUCCUAAAUAGAUAUCGUGAUGAUUGUCAAGAUUCGAUGAUAACGACAACGACGAAUACGAUUCCAAUGACAUCAACUACGACAUUAUCUCCGAGUAAUUCAAUUUCAAAAGAAAACGAUCUUGAUUCCAAUGGUUCAUCACUCGACACCGACAUGGAAGAUAGUACAUCACAAUCACAAGAUAGUCAACAAUAUCCCAACCUAUCAUUGGCAACACCUGUUCCAACUUCUAUUCUACUUCAAUCACAAGUCGAACAUGAUAAUCUGCCUCUUUCUCAGCAUCAAACUUAUCUUCCCAAUGAUCUCUCCCAUAUGCAUCUUUUACAUACCAAUUCGGUUACAGAUCCAAAUUUAAAUCAUCACAAUACUACUUUAGUUUCCAAUUCAAUUAAUUCCGAUUUACAUGAUCAUCAUCAUGAGCAAAUUUUACAAUAUUUCUCUGCGACACCAAAUCAUCGAGCAAGAGCCGUCAAACGCUCAAAAGCGAUAACAACUCCUGUAUCAUCAACAGCGUCUACCAAUGAUCCUAAUGGUGAUAUGAACUUCUUAUGUGAUCUCGUUACUCCACCCGCCAAUUCGAGACAGAUCAGUCCGUCAACUCUUUUUCUCGGUCAAGACUGGCACGGGCGAAGCGAAGCUGAAAUAUAUUUCUCGUUGAAUGAAAGAUUCAUUCGAGAGAUACAGAACAAGAGGAAAAGAAAACAAGAUUGUCCUUCAUCAAGCUAUGUAUUCACCGUCGACGAUGGUCAAGCAUACCUUUUUCUUCUCGCUCUUUUUCUUUCCUUUUCUGUCAUUAGAACGAACAUGGCUCGUUUCAAGGUCAUCCAAGAAUUCUUUCUACUCCAUCUGAUUUUCGCUGCUUGUUAUGGACAGUUUUUGACACCAGCUCAACUACGAGAGCAAUAUGAUCUUGCCAAUGCAGCACGCACACACUAUCAAUUGUCCGGUAGUCGACGAACGGAUAUGUUCAAUCGUGUCAAUCCGGAUUAUUUACUUCAAGGCUUCUUUCCAUUCUGGUCACUCGUGCUCAUUGGCUUUGCGCUCGUCUUUUUAACAUUAGCUGUCUUGGGAUUGAUUGGUUAUUUACUUGGAUUUCGUCGACCAACAUUGGAAGAAUUAUACGCGGACGAAUUCGAUCAAUUGACUCCAGACGAUGAGUUCCUAUUAGGCGGAGGAGAAAUGUGCCGUUUGAAUGAAACAAAACUGUCCAUGCCAAUUUCCUCCAAUGGCUAUUUUGACACUCAAUCGAAAGAUUUUCGUUACGAAUCUUUACCGCCCAUAGAACGAAUACGUAUUGGACAAAGUCACGAAGAUAUGGUGUAG